AUGUCUCAUUUCGGAACUCGCGGACCAUCAUUUCCAAGAGGAGGGCCACGUGGAGGUGCACCAAGAGGCGGUUUCGGUGGUCCGCCACGAGGCGGAUUUGGCGGAGGUUACGGUGGACCACCGGCCGGAGGAUAUGGCGGAGAAUACGAUCCAUACGGCGGAUAUGGUGGAGGACAAGGUGGAUAUGGUGGCGGAUAUGGAAUGCAUCCAGGAUUUCCCGGAUAUCCACCACACGAAAUGCCAAGCCCAUUGGACGCAGAAAUACAAUGUGUUUUGAGAGAAAUACACGCCGAGUUGGGAUCUUUGGAACAGAGUGAAGCUGGUGAACAAUUCAGAAACGCGCGCAGAUUAUUGAAUUCCGAAAAAGAACGACUUGAGAACAAUAUUGAUCCAGAAUGGUUGGAAGUUGAUAUCGAAAAACCGGUCAAAGUUGUCAAGAAGAUUCUUGUUCCCUCAUAUCGUCACCCACAAUUCAAUUUCAUUGGAAAAGUUCUCGGACCAAAAGGUGUCACUCUUCAAACAUUGUGUAAAACACAUAAAUGUCAUAUUUAUAUUCUUGGAAGAGGAUCAACAAAAGAUCGAGAGAAGGAAGCGGAAUUGUUAGCAAGUGGUGAUCCAGAACAUGCUCAUUUUGGAGGUCCACUUCAUUUGAAGGUAAGAACUUACAACGUGGAAUCGGAUGAAAAUCGAAUAUAGUUUGGUCAAUAAGCGAACAUUUUUCCCUGCACUAUUUUGAAGAUAACAAAUUAUCGAUUUUCUAUUUGCUGUUUGUAAAUCUUCUAUAAUUUCAGGUUGAAACUGUUGCCCCAUCUUACGUCGCUUAUCAAAGAGUCGCCAACGUAAUACAAGAGCUCUCACGAAUCCUUCAACCAAUCAACGAAGACACAACUCCACCACAAUUCAAAAAUCUAAAAGAAGGCGGAGCGGCUGCUGGUGAAAGUGGAGAUAAUGAUAAAUCAGAAGGUGGUGCAGAAGAAGAGGGAAAUGAGGCUGGAAACGGAGCUGGAAAUGGAAAUGGAGCUGGAGGACAACGGGGACGUGGAAGAGGCGGACCACGGGGCGGAUUUGGUGGAUUUGGACGUGGGGGUCCGAUGAGAGGAAGGGGAAGAGGGGGACAACCACCACCAGGGUAAGGGAUGAAAAAUUUGAAUUUUCUGAUUUCCCCACACAAAAAAUGAGCCAAUGCAGAUGAAAAAUAUACCAAAAAUUAUUAAACUUAAAAUGAAAAAUUAAAAUUGAAGAAAAUUAUAAAUAAAAAUAUUAAAAAAUUCUGCAUUGGCCAAUUUUUUGCUCAUAAAUAUUUACGGAAAUUUAAAAAAAACCAAAAAUUACAGAUACCGCCCAUAUUAA